AUGCUCAGCUUCCUCUCCGAACUCCUCCUCCCGUUCUCAUUGGGCGAGGACCAGGUCAGAGUAGGACUGCUGCAGGUGGGUACUCAACCCCACCUUGAGUUUGGCUUCAACUUCUUUAAUACCCAAGCUGGUCUUCAGCGGGCGCUCAAGAGCACCAGGCCUCUUGGGGGCGACACCAACACGGAGGAGGCCUUACGGAUGGCCCAGGAUUCGGUGCUGAGGCCUGGAGGGGUAGGAGGGGCAAGGCCGGGGCUCCCCAGGGUGUUGGUAUGGCUGACGGAUGGAGUGAAACCGGGCGAUGUGAUUGGACCAAUGGCGGAGCUGCGAGAGGAAGGCGUGGCGGUGUUGGUGGUGUCCACGGGCCACGGGAACUACCAGGUGCUGCGUCAGGUUGUGAGCCCGCCCGUGGAGUCACAUCUGUACUUUAUUGACAUCGAUGACAUGAGUAUCAUCACAGACGACCUGAGGGACGCCAUCAUUGAGAUCAUCCGAGCCGAGCGGCUCCAGGUCCGAGAUGUGUCCACCGACACCGCCGUGCUGCAGUGGAGGCCGGUAUUAACCGGUCUGACCGGUUACUACGAGAUUCGGUAUGGACCAGUUCCUACCGGUACUGUGGGUGGAGGAGGCGGUGGCAGUAGUGGUACCAGUCCUAGUACCAGCGGCGGUCAGUACCAGAGACUGACCCGGCCGGGGGACGCCAGCGACGUCAAGCUGACUGGUCUGAGGCCGGACACAACCUAUUCAGCCACACUGACCCCCGAGUCCAACGAACAUUUGUCAAACUCACUCUCCGUCAACUUCACUACAAAGCCAGAGGUGAUGAGCCCAGCCACAGUGACCAUCUCUGAGUCGGGCGUGAACUCUGUGAGGGUGAGUUGGGGUCCUGUGCAGCCUGAGGCUGUGCAGAGCUACAAGGUGGAGUACUCUGCUCUGCCCGGGGGGAAGCUUCACAUCGUCACCACGGGCCGAUGGCAGAACUCUACGGUUCUGACUAACCUGCAGCCAGACACUCAGUACCUGGUCACCGUGAGCGCCCGCUACUCCUCUGGGAAGGAGAGGGCCAUGUCGGUGAAGAUGUGCACCCAGGAAGUGACGCCAGCCCUAGCAGACCUGCAGUUGACCAAGGUGGGCAGCGACUCUGUCCAGGUGGACUGGAAGCCCAGUGCCCAGGGUCUGAGGGGCUACUGGCUGACCUGGGAGGACCAGGACCAGAGAGGCUCUCCAGCCGGGCCCCAGCACUCCUCCCUCUACCUGCCCUCCAGCUCCCUGUCCACCCGCCUCACACACCUGCCCCCCGCCGCCCGGGUGUGUGUGUCGCCCGUCUACCGGACGGCCCGUGGGGAGGGGAUCUGCUGCUCUGCGCGGUUUCAGUCGGACGUCUUUUCAUACCGCUACAGAUCCUAG